GUGCGCUACCAAUAUUAUAUGCAGUACAGUCCUCGUGAUGAGCAUUAUGAAAAAAAAUUUGUAGUACAAGCUUAAAACAGAUUACAGCAAUUGAUAGAUAAAGAUAGAGAUAUCGACGCAAGCAUAUCAUGAGAAACUUGAUUGUUCUUAAUAGAGGUCAUAUUUCGGCUGAGUCGAGGACUUAUCCUGACUUACAGCUCAUUGAUUCUGUUUUCGAUAGUGUUUCGGACAGUAUAUCAUAUGUAUUAUAUUCAGAUGAAUCAGGUAUUAUAGAAGUUCAACAAUUCAUGAAAAAUGGAGAAAUCUUAGUACUUGCUAGUUUCCCACUUAAUGAUCCUGAAUCACAAUUGUUAAGUUUUCUUCAUAUUGUGGAAGUAGCUCAAUUAGUUUUCGUGUUCUCAAAUGGUGAUAUUAUAACUGCUUCAUAUGAUUCUAAUCAACCAGAUGAAUCAACAACUAUGGUUGAAAUAGUAGGAUCAAUUGAUUCUGGACUUAAAGCAGCAUGUUGGUCUCCUGAUGAAGAAACAUUAGCAUUAUUAACUGGAGAGCACAAGUUAUUAUUAUUAUCAAGAAUCUUUGAACCAAUUUCAGAAAGAGAAUUAGAUUUCAAUGAUAUCAAAAUUAGUGAUUCUAAACAUGUAUCAGUAGGUUGGGGUAAAAAAGAAACUCAAUUCAAAGGUAAGGGGUUCAAAGCUUUAGAGCGUGAAAAGGAAGCCUUGAAGUAUGCUGGACUUGACCUUAAAGAAGAUACAUCAUUAAGAGAUCCAACUGUUGCUGAGAUUGAAAGAGGUGAAAUUUCCCAAUUCGAUAAUGAAAAAGUUAAAAUCAGUUGGAGAGGAGAUUGUGAAUAUUUCUCCAUCAGUACCGUAGAAUCAGUCUUAGUUGAAGAUACUGCUGAAAUGUAUGAUAGAAGAGUUAUCAGAGUCUUCACUAGAGAAGGUGAAUUAGAUAGUGUAAAUGAAGCAGUUGAUGGUUUGGAACAUAAUUUAGCUUGGAAACCUCAAGGUUCAUUAAUCGCUUCCACUCAAAGACAUAUGGAUGAAGAUGGAGAUCAAGUUUUAGAUUUAGUCUUUUAUGAAAGAAAUGGGUUAAGACAUGGUCAAUUCAAUACCAGAUUAGAUCCAUCAGCUGAACUCAUUCAGAAUUUACAAUGGUCAUCUGAUAGUGAAGUAUUAUUAUUUCAAUUAUAUGAUCGUGUUCAAUUAUGGACUUCUAAGAACUAUCACUGGUAUUUAAAACAAGAAUUAUUCAUAAAUUUAGAAAAUCCUUCUAAUCAAAUCAUUUUUGCAAAAUUCCAUCCUGAAAAGCCAUUACAUUUAAUGAUAGGUACAUCUGAAGAUGGUAUCCAAAUAGUUGAUUUAGCUUAUAAGAUUGUAACUGGACCAACCCAAAUAGGUGAAGAUAUCGGUAUGAAUUUAGUUACUGAUGGUAUGACAGCCAAAAUAACACCAUUAGCUGUAGCCAAUGUUCCUCCGCCAAUCAGUUUCAGAGAACUUGAACUUGAAGAUAAUAUUACCGACUUAGCAGUUAGUCAAUCGAAUGAAAAAUAUGCUUUCUUAACUAGUACAAAUAAUAUUUAUAUCAGUCAUCUUUCCAUUGAAUCAAUGAAAAAGGGUGGUAACCUUAAAGUCAAUGGUGCUAUCGAAAGUAAUUUGAUAGUGACAGAACCAAAUGAAUCAGCUAAACAGGUUGCUUUCAUUAAGGAUUUGUUUGUUGCUGUUAUUGUCGAUGGACCUACUUAUUCUAAACUUAUUUUAUUUGAUGUUGAAGAUCCAGCUAAUCCAUCAUUCAACGAUUCUUUUCAAUUCACUCCAAAGGUUGUUAUCUUAAAAUCCACUGCUGAUUUCAAUGAAGUUGCUGUGGAAUGUAUUGACGGUAGAGUGAUAAAAGUAAGUGGUUCAUUAGACCUUACUGAAGUUGCACAAUUUCCUCAAUUAUGUCGUGAUUUUGAAUUAGUUACUGGCCCAGAAUCUGAAUUUGAAGAACCAGUUUCUACUGCUUUUGGUAUUUCGGUUAAUGGUAAAUUGUUUGCUAAUAAUAAGCAAAUUGCUAAUGCUGUUACCUCAUUGAAAGUAACUGAAUCACAUUUACUUUUCACAACCGCACAAUCACAAUUAUGUUUCGUUCAUUUGAAGUUUGACAAUGAUAGUGAAUAUGCGGUAUUCCAAACAGAUUCAACAAGCUCUAAUAUCGAUGAAAGAAUACGACAAAUCGAAAGAGGUUCAUGGUUAGUCAAUGCCAUGCCAUCAAAAUACUCAGUCAUAUUGGAAGCUCCAAGAGGUAAUCUUGAAACUAUCUGUCCAAGAAUUAUGGUUUUAUCUGGGGUUCGUAAGUUCAUAAAACAACUUAGAUAUAAAGAAGCAUUCUUAGCUUGUAGAACUCAUAGAAUUGAUUUGGAUUUGCUUCAUGAUUAUGAUCCUGAAUUGUUUUUGAAUAAUGUUGAACUUUUUGUUAAUCAAAUUAAGAAAGUAGAACAUUUAGAUUUAUUUGUUUCCUGUUUACAUGAAGAAGAUACCACCAAAACUAAGUAUAGAGAUACAAUUCAUGAAAUAGAGGAAGAUGAAAAAGACUUGAAUAUAGCUAAUUUACAAAUUGCAUCACCUUCUCCUCAACCAACUCAAGAAUUAAAAAGAAUCAUCAAGAACAAAGAAGAGAAAUUUGAUUCCAAGAAUUCAAAAGUCAACAAGAUCUGUGAAGCUAUUUUAUCAGUCUUAUUGAAGAAGGAGUAUUUCGAAAAUUACUUACAAACCAUCAUUACUGCAUACGCCUGUGAGAAACCUCCAAAUUUGGUAGAUUCCUUAAAAUUGAUUGGUGAAUUUAAAAAUGUUGAACAAAUUGAACUGUCAGUUACACAUUUAUGCUUCUUACAAGAUGUUAACAAGUUAUAUAAUACUGCAUUAGGUUUAUAUGAUGUCAAGUUGACUUUAGCUAUUGCUCAACAAUCCCAAAAAGAUCCAAAGGAAUACUUACCAUUCUUACAAAACUUAUAUGGUCAAACUGAGUUGCGUAGAAAGUUCUUGAUUGAUGAUUUCUUGAAGAAUUAUGAGAAAGCGUUAGAUUGGUUACAUGAAAUUGGAACCGACACCGAUGAAGAGUUUGAUGCAUACGUUGUUCAACAUGAUUUGUUUAAGAAAGCCUUAAAUAUUUACAAGUACAACGAUAGUAGAUCUAACACCAUUUUAAGACUUUAUGCCGAUGAUUUACAUGAAAAACAAGAAUAUGCUGAAUCUGCUCUUGCUUAUGAAUACUUGGGUGAUUUCUCCAAUGCUGUGGAAAACUACGUUCUGUGUAAGAGAUGGAAAGAAUGUCUUGCUUUGGUCCAAAAGGAAGAAUUUUCAUCUCAAGCUGAAGACAUUGCUGAAAGACUUAUUUCAUUAUUGACUGAAGAACACAAAUAUGCUGAAGCUGCUGAGAUUUCAUUCUAUUUCUUAGGUAAGAUCGAAGAUGCUGUCACUUUAUAUUCUAAGAAUUAUUUCUAUGAUCAAGCUAUUUUAUUAGCCACCAAAGAAAAGAGAACCGAUUUAUUGGAUACCUUAGUUGAUAACCAAUUGAAUGAAGGGUUUGGUACUAUCGCUGAACUACUUGCUGAUUGUAAAUCUCAAAUAAAUUCACAAUUAAGAAGAUUGAGGGAAUUAAGAACCAAGAAAGCCGAAGAUCCAUAUUCCUUCUACGGAGCAGCUGAUGAUUUAGAUACUCCAGAUAAUGUUUCCGUAGCAGCAUCUGAAACUUCAACCACUCCAUCAUUUUUCACAAGAUAUACUGGUAAGACUUCUGGUACCGCAAAGACUGGAGCUUCUAGAAGAACAGCCAAGAAUAGAAAACGUGAAGAAAGGAAAAAAGCAAAGGGUAGAAAAGGUACGAUUUAUGAAGAAGAAUAUCUUAUUAGAUCUGUUGGUCGUUUGCUUGAAAGAUUAGAGCAAACUGAAGCUGAUGCCACUAGAUUAAUUGAAGGUUUGAUUAGAAGACAUAUGAAAGAAAAGGCGUAUCUAAUUCAAAAUAAUUGGAUUGAUUUAUUAGAAUUCAUCAAUGAGAAUAUCGAAGAAAUACAUGAUAUGAGUGAAAGAGAUAGAGAAAGAAUAGACGACAAUGGUGAAGUCUACUUAAUACCUGAAAUCCCUUGUCCAACGAUUAAACCAUUCCCUAAGAAAAAUAUAUUAGAUUUCUAGACAUUUAAGUAGCAAUUUAAAU